CAAAGUUGAUCAUUGGUGUGAUGUUCCUCAGCUUGGGAUACACAAUUGUAGCUACAGAUAUGGAGGACAAGGUGGGAACCAACACUGAUGCAUUUCUUUCCAUGUCCGAUCCAUAUGAAAACAGCACAGCAACAAGUGCCGACAUUUUCAAUAACUCAAUUAGAGACUUUUUCAAUGAUGACCACAAUAUGCACCUGAAUGAAAGCAAAAAGACAAAUGAAAACAAUACGAGUUCUCCUUGCUCCAGUGCAAAUACAAAUGCAACAGAUGGACUAAAUGUAUCAACAGAUGAACUAAAUGUAUCAACAGAUAGACUAAAUGUAUCAACAGAUGGACUAAAUAUAUCGACAGAUGGACUAAAUAUAUCGACAGAUGGACUAAAUAUAUCGACAGAUGGACUAAAUGUAACAACAGAUGGAUUAAAUGUAUCAACAUCUGAUGAGAUCAAUAAUAUACAUACAAAGACAAAUGAAACAAUUGCAGAAGAACAUACAAUUGAUGAUUACUUGGUCUAUCUGAUAUUCAAAUGGGCAUUUAAAAUCACAAUGCCUGUGUGUCUAAUUAUUGGUAUCCCUGGAAAUAUUCUCAAUAUUAUCAUCUUAUGUAGGUAUAUUAGUGAUAGCACUUCUUCCAUGCAUAUCAUCCUCAUAUCCCUUGCUGUUUCUGAUAUUAUAUGUCUAGCAGUAGGCACCCCACGCUUCAUUAUCUCCUACGCAACAGGAUAUGACUAUGCUGCUAACUCAGAUAUUGGCUGCAAAAUCUACAGGUUUCUCAAUUUUGUGUUUUCUGAUUUUUCAUCUUGGCUUGUCAUGCUCAUAUCUCUGGAAAGGUUAGUUGCAGUCGUCUGGCCUUGUCACGUGAAGUCUUGGUGUAGUCAUAAAACGAUUAAGAUCACAAUUGCUGUAUUUCUAGUAUUUCUCAUGGGAAUCAAUUUCCAUGUUUUGCUAUCCCAUGGUAUAGUUUCACAAUUAAAGCAUGAAGAUACACAAACAUUUGACUGUAUAGUCAAGGAACCUGAAUUUGCCCAUUACGGAUUUGUUAUUUUCCCAUGGAUUGAUUUUGCAGUAUUUGCUUUGAUUCCAAGUUGUGUUGUAAUAUUAUCAAACACAAUAAUCAUUCGAAAGGUCACAAUUGCAGCUUUUAAAAGACGCAACACAAUGGCAGUUAUUUUAGCAGAUAAAUCUAACCCUGCAUCAUCAAAACAGCAACCACUGAUCAGACGGAUGACAAUUAUGAUGUUUUCAAUUUGUGGUCUAAUGCUUCUUUGUGUUACUCCAACAGUCAUUUACGGAUUCAUGUUCAAGUCUUUGACACAAAAUGGAGAUCUGAAAAGUUCUGUUAUCAUAGCUGUUCUGGGUUAUUAUGGAAUUAUUGCAUUCUACUUCAAUUGCACUAUAAACUUUUUACUGUACAUAUGUUGUUCACAGAGGUUUAAGAUCGUUUUGAGAAGUUUCUUUUGUGGUGGUACUACAGCUAAUGACAGUGUGACAACAUCAAAGCUUUAGUAUUCUAGAGACUAAUAUAUAUUACACUGUUAACUUCAAAACAUGUUUGCUGUCGAGUGGCCAAUGUUGAAAUAUUUGUAUCUUCAGCUAUUUGUGAUUUAUUUUUUGACUUGUCAUAUGGUCUUGUGGACUUGGAAUGUGAUAAUGAUGGUGUUUCAGGCAUUGUUUCUUUGUGAGUUAGCUCAUUGCUAUCCUUUUGACUGGUGUUUCGUAAAACUGUAAAAUC